AACAACGUCCCAGCUACGAUGAGUCUGCUACAAGAUGUACUCAGAUCUCAUACUGCUGAUGCCCUUCCGCUAGAGAAACGCCUCAGCAACGUGCGCUUAUCACCCUCACAACGACCAACGUCCGAUGAUGACAAGGACGAUUCUGACGACGAUCUAGUCAACGUCGUUUCAUUACCAGGAACCCCAGACCGCACCAGGCCGUCCUCGCCUGUUCGCGGUGCUUCCUCACGGCCCUUGCCAGGCCCACUCCAUAUAUCGAACGGGAGACGCGAUCCACUUAAAGCGCUUCCGACUGAAGUAUCACAGCGCAUCUUUUCAAAGUUAGGACUUCGGGAUUUGGCAAAGUGCGCUCUCGUAUCCAAAAAAUGGGCAAGAAGUCAAUCUUUGAAUUAUGUCUGGUUUCAACACUAUAGAAAGGAGAACUUUCAUGACGAUAGUUUGCCUCCCGGAAAAUGGACAAAGCGAGAAUCCAAACAAAACUGGCGGAUUGUCCAUCUCAAAUCUGCUCGGGAAAAGUCCCCGAUAUCGACACCUUUUUCCCGUGGUUCGGGGUACACAUCACCCACGAAUAAUUCAGGGUACCAAACACCUCGUGAAAUGAAAGAGGAAUUGUGGGGGCAGCAGAUGGCGGCGAAGCCCAGCAAGAACGAGAUGAGGGAGAUGUACAAGACACUUGGAGGACGGAAGGCGAGAGCUAAGACGAAGCUGUCCAGUUCGGGCGUUAGGGAUAAAGGCGGUUGGGAUGAGGGCGGGGAUUGGUGAUUGAUUGCAUCGGCGUGGAAUAGAAUUGACGACAAGACACGACUUGAAAGGGUCUGGUUGCCCUGCCCACUUACUACAUGUAUUUGUAUUGCUCUCAUGUAUUGCAUUUGUCGAUCAUCGGCGUAGAUACUCGUCCAAGGAGACAUGAAUUUAAAUGUC